AUGGCCAGGCGAUGGCUCACGUCGGACGCGAGCGCGCCCCCUCCGUCGCAGCAUUCUGGGUGGGACGUGAACCGGUCGGCCGUGAAGGUUGCCAUCGUCGGCAACGUGGUCGUCGUGCUGCUCUUCUUCGUCGCCAUCGUCUGGCGCCUCUUCUUCUCGGGGAGAGCUCAAGAAGGCGCCGGCGGCGGUGGGGCGGUCAUUGCGCCCUCCUCCGGGGAGAGCUCGCCGUGCGCGUCGCCUCGGGCUAAAGGGCUCAGGAAGGAGGACCUCAUGUCGCUGCCGGUGUACGUCCACCGCGCCUCGGCGGAGGACGGCGGCAAGGUGGAGUGCGCGGUGUGCAUCUGCGAGCUCAGAGACGGCGACACCGGCCGGCGGCUGCCGAGGUGCGGGCACCGCUUCCACGCCGAGUGUGUCGACAGGUGGUUCCGCUCGCACGCUACGUGUCCACUCUGCCGCGCUCUUGUGGCGGACGGCGGCUGA